UAAAAAACGCCCUUUGUUCGAAAGUGAAAGUACGACCGGACUGACUGCGGUUCAUUCACAGACAUCGCCCUCUCGUUUUUUCCUCACCAAAUCCACGCUAGAAGAUGCCCACCAAAAAGAUGGUGAUCGCGAACUUGCUGGAAAACUUGUCCAAGAAGAACUAUGACAAGUUCUGCAUGGCUCUGGUGGACCGCCGCGGGGAGCGAAAGGUGGCGCUCGGAAAGGUGGAAGACAAGAACUUCCUGGAGGUCACUAACGUGGUGGUGUCCACCUUCACCGAGGACGGAGCUCCGGCCGUGACAUCCGAACUCCUGACCCUCAUCGGGUGCUUGGAGGAGGCAAAAGAGCUCGAUACCCUAAUUGCCCAACUGCCCUCGAAGCCAUCGUCUGGCAAAACGGCAGCCGCAUCAGCAGGACGCCAAGCUGGAGGUGCAGAUGACACUCCACAUUCCAAAGAGGUGCAUUUCGUGGAUAAACACAGGCUGGAGCUGAUCGUGCGCGUUGGCAACAUUAAUCGCAUUCUGGACGUCCUGCUGGAUAAGAAGGUUAUCCAGGACGAGGUCUACGAUGAAAUCAGAGAAAUGCCGGGCAACGAGAACAAGAUGAGGAAUAUCUACAGGCUGGCUCUCAAGUCCGGCGUCGCCGCUAAAGACGUCUUCCUCGACACCCUCAUAGAGUACGAGCCAUACCUCGUAGCCGACCUCAAGCACUAGGAGCAAACAUCCGAUGGUGACAUAUUUCUCUCAUCAUAUAUUUGCUCUUUCUGGUGUACCCCUUCGGAAUGAAUUUAUAUAAUCCCGCCCCCUCAUUGAGUUUCUCCGCCCACGACUUGGCAGCUAGCCUGGGCUACGGCUCUGCCAGUUUCAAGCAAAUUUGUUGUUGGGCACACGGCUUCUGCUAAGCGGGGCAUCCUCGAUUGCCUAGGGAAGUCGUCAAUGUGGCUUGUUGAUGAAGUGCUGCCUCCGCAAGUGAAAAUACAAACAAGGCUUUUACAAUCUUUUAGGGGUCUCACAGUUGGCACUCGCUUUUAAUUAGACAAGGCUGUCCCAUCAAAACAGACUCAUUUCAGCAAGGCUCGAGAGAUGGCACAAGCAUUUUCACUUACGGAGGCAGCACUUUAUACAGUCCAAUGUGAUUUUCAAAUUACUUGAAUUUUGUAUCAGUUUUUCAUCUAUUUUAAAGUUUUGUGGGUCAAGAUAAUGUGGGAAUGUGUUUUGUAAAUUGUUCUUUAAUUUCACUUGUUGGUUUCAUUUGUAUUGGAAUUUUUAAAAACGAUUUUAUUAAACAUUUUUAAUUUCUGUC